UCACCUUUACAAUGCCCAAGGCAGCACUUGUGAUCUUCUCUCUUGUGGCGACUGCGUGGGCUGCUCCUGACGGCGGCUACAGCUACCGGACAACAGCACCAAUCGCUCGGCAACCCAAGUACCUGUCGGCGCCCGCCCGGUACAACUACCAGUGGGGCGUCAAUGACCAGUACUCCGGCAAUUUCUACGGGCAGAGGGAACAACGUGAUGGUGAUAAUACUCUAGGGAGUUACUACGUUCAGUUCCCUGACUCUCGCCUCAUGAGGGUCGAGUAUUACGUCGACGCCACAGGUUACCAUCCCACCAUUACUUUCGAGGAGGAGGCUAAAUAUCCAAAUACCCGCGGCCAGACGUAUGCCAAGCCUGCCCGUGUCCUCUCUCAGGCUUAUGCACGUGGCAAAUAAGUGGAUCUGAUGUUGGUCUUCUGUAAUUAAUGUAAACUGGCCGAUAAAUUGAUUUUUAUUUGCAGAACUCACUUUACAUAGGUGUUCUUUUGAGUAAUGAGCUAUAUAUAAUUACUGAUGUUUAUAAUGCAUAGAUAUGUUUAUAUCUAUAUGUUACUGUAAUGUUUGGUUAGCAGGUGGCCGUAUGUUAAAAAGUAAGUGAAGAAAAAAAUAAAGCAUAGUAUAAGAAAAUAUUUUUGUUUCUGAAAUUUCAAUUGCCACAAUUUAUGUAGACUUCUUACUCUAAGUAAUGUUAAUUAAAAUAAAAUUAAAUCAAAAUAA